AUGGAUCGACACAUUGAUCCAGUUGAUAAUAAUGUUUCGAGAGAGUUUAGCGAAGGUGUUGAAGUUUUUAUCGCCUUUGCCUCGAGUCAAAAUUAUUUCAUGGAGAGAAAAACCUUGCUAUGUCCUUGUGUAAGUUGUGGAAACCGAAAGCAACGUGAUGUAAGAACCGUAUCUCGCCAUCUUUACCGAGUCGGCUUCAAAAGUAAUUAUUAUGUAUGGUCAAGCCAUGGAGAAACCUACUAUGACGUUGGAGAAUCAUCGACGGGAGGUCAAUUUAUGGGAGAUGAAGCAAGAUAUGCAGACGGGCCAUAUGAAGAGAACAUUCUUGGAGGAGACUUUGGGUCAACUGAAAUACCAGAGAAUUUGAUGGAAGAAUCCAAUGAAGAGCAAUAUGAAGAAAGAGUGUUUGAAGCUUUCGAACCCGCUAAUCAACCACUAUAUGAUGGAUGUGUUGAAGGUAUUUCUCAACUAUACUUGGCAUCUCGUUUAAUGAAAGUAAAAACUGAUCAUAAUUUGGCGGAGUCAUGUAUGGAUGAGAUAUCACAAACUUUUAGAGAUGUUUUGCCACAACCAAAUAUAGCUCCUGAGUCAUAUUAUGAGAUGAAGAAGCUGACAAAGUCGCUUGGUCUCCCUGUUGUGAAGAUCAAUAUUUGUGAGGAUAAUUGCAUGUUAUUUUGGAAAGAAGAUCGCGAGCUGUUGGCGUGUCGGUUUUGUGGAAAAGAUAGAUAUCACCAGAAGAACCAUGGAAAGGGGAAAAGGCGUCCAAAACAGAGAAUGUCCUAUUUGCCUAUUACGGAGAGGUUGAAGCGUCUUUACCAACAAGAGGCUACUGCAUCACAAAUGCGAUGGCACGCAGAACAUGAGUCGCCAAAAGGAGAAAUGCACCACCCUUCUGAUGCAGCAGCAUGGAAGCAUUUUAACAAGGUAUAUCCUGAUUUCGCUGCGGAAAGUCGAAAUGUUUAUCUAGGAUUAGCUAGAUGGAUUUAA